AUGAAUGUCAUAACUCAUAUCUUAUAAACGUUUUUAAUGAAUACAAUGAAUCAAUGACGUGGGCCAUCCGCGGCCCACGCGGCCUGAAUGGAGAGUCGCGUGAAAAUGCCACUGCACUCAACAUGUUAAUCGAAUGUUCGAUUACGGUAACACAGUCUGCUAUCUGUUUCCACAGGAAUAUCGCGAGAAAUCGAACUUGCCAAUCCGUUCCCGAUCGCGAUCUUUAUAUCGUGGUGCCGGGAUACUCGCGUCUCCUUUUUUUCCCCGUAUUUUCAGCGCAUAUGCAUCGUAUAUAAAACGCCUUCACGCGUAUCCCCGCAACAGUCGACAUAGCUUUUCCAUUAUCGCGUCGACGAGCACGCGGCACUCCAAUCGCGGCCAAUCCGCAGAUCUGCAGAAGCGGUCCAGAUUUCUCAUCCGCUGGCGAAUCCCACGUUUAUUGUACUUUAUUAUACGUGUGACCCGCAUUCCGCCGAGCGGACUCCGAAAUCUCGCCCGGUCUGCGUGCCUCUUCUUCCGCAUAUUACCGUCUGGUAAGCAGCAAAUAAAUUUACAAAAACCUCUCUCACGCCUACGCAUGAGGCAUCUCGAGGAUGUCCCGUCGCGCCAGUUGCGGAAAUAUCAUUAUUUCAUAGCUGAUCGAGAGAGAGACCGAGACUAGAUAUAACACAGCAUUGAUCACCCCGAUCGGCAAAUUCUUCCUUCUUUGGGGAAUAGAGAAGCUCUCCGAGAGAGGCAUCUCUCAGAUCUGCGCGAUGAAUUCUCAAGUCUUGAAGAGAGAUCUUUCGAGACGCACCGGAAAAUUCCGGAGACACCGUCUUGUUAAAUAAAGAUUGCGCUGUCGCGCGGUAUUAAUCUUGCCAGGUAAGAGUCGAGAAACGUGAUUGGCGGUGUGUGCGUUAUGACUGAUAAAGAGAUUCUGCUUUUUACUGAUAUUACACAGUGAUAUUAUUAUGCAAUUAAUCAGAAUUAAUCUUUAACUCUGCUAUGCUCAUCAAUCAUGUUCUUAGACUCUCACUCACCCGGAUUAAUGUUGCAUAAAAUAUUAUACAAUAUUGCAGCAUCGUCGAAUUAAAGUAAUCGAAUUAAAAAAAUAGCAGCAGCGGCGAAUUGAAAUAAAAAUUCAACUGCGUCGACUGCAUCAACGCGUCCCGAAAUAAACCCAUAUUUUCGUAAUGCGAUUACGCUCUAUUUUCCGGAUGCACUUCAGCCGGCGCCAGAAGGGAGAAACCCGAGAAGUCGAGCGUGGUAGCGCGUCGCCACCCAAUGAGACCCCAAUAAAGCCCCAUGGAAAUUAAGCCCCGAUCGCGCCGCAUCUCUCGAUGAUUUAUGCAUGUGAUAUACGAAGGCGAAGAGUAACGGCGCGCGAUCGCGCGCGAACAAGCACGAGCAGACGUUUCAGUUUCAUGAAAACUGUGCGCGACGCCGCUUGUUUGCUUGCUUGUUUCUUUGUUAGACAAUUUGUUAAACGAUUAUGCGAGAGCGACAUUUUGCGAGCACCACUCGGGGAGUAUCUCCACGCGCCGCGACGCAUCGCGAGACGUUACGCAAUAUCAUUACGGAAUUAGCGCGAUCCGCAGGCGCGCGUGCACGCCCGUUUCUCAAAGUAUUAUAUUUCAAACGUGUAUUAAAUGGAUAUUUUUGAACCGUUUGCUUUCUUCGUUCCGAGACCGACUCGGUGAGCAUCGUAUUUGCAUACGACGUUGCCUGCGUGUAUCUUUCUCCGAUAAGAUCAUUCGAUUGAUGAUUAAUGAAACGUUAUUGGCGGUCAUCAGAAGUGACGUUAUUCCAUUUCGCAAACGAGGAAUAGCGAGCUGAAUUUUCUAACGUCCGGUAUUGAUUGCUAGCUUGUAAUGAAGAUACAUAUGAUUGAUACGCGAGUAUUGAUACGCAAUACACACUCGUACGUUUAAUAGUGCGUGUUACAUAAAUUCUGCAUAGAAUUAAUAAUCAUUCCUAGGCUCUUUUAGGCCCACGCAUAAUCAAUCGCAUAAUAUAAAAUCGCGAUAACGCCCGAGGUGUUUAAUUAAUCUACGAGCAUUCAAAGCGAGAGAAAUCAGUUGCUCGAGUUUGUCACGCACCUAGUAUCACGAAGGAUUACCUUGAAACCUGCUUCUGGAAUUUAAACAUGAAACGUGACGUAUAUCAAUCAUUUGAAUCAGCCAUUAUCAAAUCACAUGCGAACGCAAUUAUACAUAUGGACGUAUCAGUCGCCUCGUCAGUGGCACAAAUGAUCGCGAAAUUCCAAUAAAAAUUAUUUCCGCCCCCGGGAAUAAUUAAUUUCUCUCCUUCCUCGUACCGCGAGAGACGCCCGCAUUCAAGGUGACUGCAUUCGAUGGCAAACGGUUCUUAUGUAUUCGCGAGAACUCGUCAAAACGGCGACCGCCUGAGUUUAUCAUAAAUUACGAGCACCAAACACGACCUUUUGCACGUUUACGUGCAGAAAGACCACCCGAUUACGGAUAUCAUUGUCAACGAUCGCGCGAUCGCAACUGACUGGUCAAAAUUAUCGCUCAAAUAUACCAGCCAGAAUAAUUUGCAAGCAUUCGAAAUUUAUUCAAACCCACGCACCGAUCCAGCAAUCCCGAUCGGACUAAUUGCAAGGUGAAUACACCGGUCGAUUGUCAAUCGUACGUUUGCAUGCGAGAUGUACUGUGACGCAUAAUUGGAAAGGCCGAUUAAUCUUCAUGCGACCAUGUCUGAUCAUGUCCGUCAUGUUUGACUGAACCGGUCUCGUCAGCGUUUUUCGGCAGUGGCGGUUCCACCAUGCGUGUCGCUCGUUCGACAAUCGUCGCCGACGACAAUCAUCGUGGCGACGGUUUAAUAAUGUCAAGGAUACACGAAUAAAACGGGCAUUCAAUCGAAAUGGGACCAGCUGUACCAAUGGCGAUGUGCACGAAAAUUCGAAGGCGAGUCGAGUAAUUCAUUGGGGACUUGAGUCAGUAAACACAUCAUUUAACUCUUAGCUUAAUUCUAAUAACGGCCGGCUAUACGAUCGCGUGUGCGGUCGUCGUUUAACAGCGAUUGACAUGAUCGUAUACCACGACCAAAUGAUCACUUGUCUCAGGACAAGGGAUCAUCGCGGGGGGCUCGGUGUACCCCUUUUCCGCCUCUGUUCUUGAGUUUAUCGACAUUAGCAGUUUCAGCCUGGCGUCUUAAGGCACGCGCAGCAUCCGCCGAUUCUUCUGUGAAACACUCGGUACCGCGAACAGAGAGUUUGGCUGUAGCAUAUCGAGGCUGGUGGUGUAAAUGACGGUGAUCGCGUUUAUGGGCGCCGGUGGCCGAUAACGUGGGACGCAGCAUCCAGAGGAGUCUGGAGUCGCGCGGAGAUCUCGGCUCGAUGGCGAUCGCGCGUGCAAGGGCGGCCGCAUACGAUUUCGUUCGAUCGCCACGUUCGCUCACUCCACGUCGUCCACGAGGAAUCGUCCAAUCUCCGAUCCGAUCCCAGAUUCAGGUGCUCGCUUAGAGAACCAGUCGUUCUCCAGUUCGCCGGUGUGCCAUUACCGGUGUGCCAUUAGUGGUUCGCCUGCUCGCGCUCUUGCUCGCUCACUCGCUCUCCCAUCGAUCGAUCGAUCGAUCGGCGCACCGAUGCACCGGAAGAUUCGCCGAUCGUCGACAUUCUCGGAUACCUACUUGUCUAUCACUCGUGGUAUAUGGUCGUGUGAGCCUGAGUGGACGCUGCUCAUCGCAUAAGUGGAUGUUACAGCUGACAUCGAGCGAAAUCGCAUGCGGCGCAUAACUCGAAAGCUGACAAUCUAAAUCGGGCGAUACGCACGAGAACAUCCAGACAAAUUUCAACUGCGUGAUCCUCCAACCAGAACGAUGGCGAGCGUGGACAAAGAUCUCGAGGAGCUGAUGUCCUACCUGGGUGACUUCGGCAAAUACCAAUUCGGCCAGUUUUGCCUCCACCUGCUCGGCGCCGUCACGGCUGGCCUGCACAUGUUGACUCUACUGACAGUUGCGGCGGUGCCAGCGCAUCACUGCGACAUCCCUGAGGCAAACGUCUCAACUCUCCUGAACGAGUCCUCCUUCAACGUCACCCUCAAUCACGAUUGGAACACCUCGUUCGUCGCGGAACACUUGCCGCGGCGUCUCGACAGCUGCCACUAUCUGGACCACGAAAAUGUCACCCGGGAAUGCGACUCCUGGACAUAUGAUACCACGUACUUCCAGUCGUCGCGUGGCACGGAGUGGGACUUCGUGUGUUCGCGACGCUGGAUGGGCGCCGCGGCGCAGUCCUCGUACAUGUUUGGCGUGUUCGUGGGCGCGGUGACCCUAGGCAGCAUGGCAGACAAGCACGGUCGUAAGAUCAUCUUCUACGUGUCCGCGGUGGCGCAGCUGGUGCUCGGGAUGUCGGUCGCGCUGGUGAACAACUACUAUGUAUUCCUGAUAUUCCGCUUCCUGUAUGGAAUAUUCGGCUCGGCGGGGGCGUACAUCACCGCCUUCGUCCUAACGAUGGAGAUCGUGGGCCCGACCAGGCGGACCGUGUGCGGCGUGAUGUUCCAGGUGGCGUUCGCCGUGGGUUUCAUGCUGGUAGCAGCCUGGGGUGCAGUCAUCAAGGACCGCAUGUGGCUGCAGAUCGCGUACGGCGCGCACAGUGCGAUCCUGCUCGGCCACUGGUGGCUGAUGGACGAGUCACCCAGGUGGUUGUGGGCGCAGGGUCGAGUCGCCGAGGCGAUCGUGAUCGUACAGCGAGGCCUGAAGAUAAACGGUAGCGAGGUUCGAGUGGACGCUGCCAAGCUGAUCAGCAAAGCGCAGACGCAGCGGGAGACCAAGGAAGAGAAGUCGUACGGCGCGCUGGACCUCUUCCGCACGCCGAACCUACGCAAGAAAAGUCUGAACAUAUGCCUGAACUGGUUCGCCAACUCGAUCGUCUACUACGGGCUGGCGCUGAACACGGGCAACCUCGUCGGCAAUCCGUUCCUCAUGCUGUUCCUCAGCGGUCUGCUCGAGAUGCCGGCCUACGUGUUCAUGGUGCUCACCAUGGACCGCGCCGGCAGGCGAUGCCUGGUCAGCACGUUCAUGAUGAUCGGCGGAGCGUGCUGUAUCUGCGCCGCCGGCAUCACCGGCAUGACCGGCGAUCUUGCGACCAUCGCCACGGUGACGAUCGUGUUGGGUGGCAAGGCAUGUGUAGCUGGCUCCUUUGCGGUCGUGUACAACUACACAGCCGAGCUGUUCCCCACGGUGGUGAGGAACACGUCGCUUGGAAUCGGCUCGAUGUGCGCGCGUCUCAGUGGCGCUCUCACCCCCAUGAUCUUCUUGUUGGACUCGCUGAACCCGCGAGUGCCCGCCGUUCUGUUUGGCCUGGUCGCCCUGGUAGCUGGCUACCUGGCGCUCUACCUGCCAGAAACGGUGAACCAACCGAUGCCGGAAACCAUCGAGGACGGCGAGAACUUUGGCAAGGGUGACACUUGCUUCACCACUUGCAUCGGCGGCGCGCGGAAGAUCACCGCGAGUAGCUACGACAUCGCGAUGGACCAGUUACCAGACAAAGACGAGAAGGAGAAGCUGAACAAUGCGUGAGAAGCGACGCGGUAGGAGAGUAGAUUCGCCAAGUGCCUUCGACCAGUACUUACGACUGUACAUAGCACGUGUCGUUCUGAUGAAAUUGCGGAUACGAUGAUAGAGACACUGGUCCGAGAUACUUAAUUCCUCAAAUCAACUUAUUGUACAAUUGUCAAAUUAACUCAGUAGAUCUUAUACAUGCAUAUAUGUAAUGCGAUAUGUAUAUGAGAGGAGAAAGAGAGGCGAUAUAUUUUUUAUACAUCGAGAAUACGCGAGAGCGAUCUCAAUUUUGUGAAAUCAUCGAUGCGUUCUGCGUUGAUUAGGUAUAGUAGCGCUAUUUAUAAAGUGGUAACGUAAUUCUGGCGUAUUGUAAAACUUGGCACACAUGUACAAAGGCUUACACAAGAUGCUUCAGAAAUUCCCGCGGUAAGGGGGUGAAAUCCAGAGUAACUUAGAAUAUCAAACUUAAAAUAUCGAAUACUGCAGUACUUUCAUACUUUAAUACCGUGUCAGCGUACAAUUAUUUCGCUCAGAGCGUAAAAUUACCUUUCGGAUGCGGCAGAGAUGUUUUAUGUAAAGUAAUUCAGAUGCAAAACUUUCGCGAAGAAGAGCGAAAACGAUAGUUUCUCAGAAACUUCCUUCCCUCGUCUUACCGAGAGUUGCAAGUUCUCUCGUCGUGUCUAAGUGUGAUAUACCUCUCUGCGCAGAUGUCAUAAACGUUUAAUCACGGAUCGAGUACGUUUCAAUCCGGGAUGGAUCUCCACGAACGAGUGGAAGGUUCGUCAUAAAAUUCCUCUUAUGAAAUGCCGGGAUAAUCCGGCAGAGUCAACGAAGAAAUAAAUUCGUUUACAUCCGACUUAUCUCGAGGUACUUUCGGGGUACGAAAUGGACUGGUCGAGGAAAGUUUAAGGAUUACGCGAGAUAAGAGAAAGAUAGAAGGGCACCGGGCGCUUUUUAGAGCGCCGUAUGAUCCUAAUAGCGGGGAUGCAAUUCCGCGAGGAUCGUCUCGACACGGAAGAUUCUUGACUCCGGAAACUGCUGCUGGACUCUUCCUGGCUAAUGGAAAAACUUUGUCGCCCGGUGUCCUCAACGUUUUCUCAAUCAUAAAGUUUGUGUGAUAAUCACAUCGAUUACCCGCGGUUUUCUCUCCGCUGUGUUAGUUUAAUGAUGGUGGAGAGAGUUCUGUAGUUUAAUUUGCUGCAAGAGGAACGCAUAACUCGGUUCCUUACAUAUGCAUUUUAUUCUAAAGAUUAUUUCACACGUAUCGACAUAUAUUUAACUUGAGUGCACAUCUAAUGACGUCAAAUCAUGUCAACAGAGAUACCAAUGAAUAUUUUUAGACAGUUACCGAGUUAAAAAACCCAAAUUAGAUCAAUAAUAUGUAUUAAUUUCGAUUCGUGUUAUGUAAAUAUCGAUAAAUAUAUUUAUCAAUUAAGAAAAAUUAAUUGUGAAAAUAUAUCAAGAAUUAUUUCCACGA